AUGAUAAGAAUGAUUUUGGCUCCGUUUAUGGCGCUAUUUAUGUCCGCAUAUGGACUAGAGUGCUACUAUUACCGAAUACGAGCCGACGAUACACUCACAAGCGACAACGUGGUGAAUCGGAAUUGCUCGACGUUGGUCUCUUCGUGUGUGAAGAUCAUCUCCAGGAAUGAGCUUCCUCAGCAGGAGCAGUCCGAGACCCUAUCAACGAUUGAGGGACGUUGUGCAUUCACGCCUUACGAAUGUGCAGGUCGGGAGAGGCAGUGCUUACCAGAACCACCAGUUACACGCAAUUUUAUAACCAUUCAUGACUACAAGUGCUGCUCCAGCGAAGAUCUGUCCAAUGGAGGACCAGCCAGCAGUUUAAGCACAAUUCUACUCAUGUGUAUCAUGUUGCUCACCAAAUUA